GGACGCUGGAGGCUGAUGUUAUGUAUUUCCCUGUCACCGCUCACGUUUUGUAAACCUGUCAUCACUUCCUUGUCGGGCUCCAAACAUGAACCCGAGCGUUUUAUACCAGAAACUGGGCUGCCGGUUGUUUAGUUGCAACGUUAAUAUCUUACAAAAAUGCACUUUGGCCCAGACUGUCAGAUACACACACAGCGGUGGAGCGGCACACACAGACCUCAGACACAGGCUGGUGGGGCUGAGCUGCUGUUCCAGCCGCUCCAGAGCCUUUUCCUCCCUGCCUCCUCCCUAUUCACCUGGAGACAAGUCCAAAAAAUCAGGUCCCGUGACGUGGAAAUCGUUAGCGGUGACGUUCGCUCUGGGUGGCACUCUCCUCGGAGGGAUGAAAUACUUCAAGAAAGAAAAGGAGGAAUUGAUUGAGAAGGAGAGGAACAAGUCGAUCGGACGGCCGGCGCUCGGCGGGCCUUUCAGCCUCAUCGAUCACAACAACAAACCCAGCAAGAGCGAGGACUUCUUCGGCCAGUGGAUCCUCAUCUACUUUGGAUUUACACACUGCCCCGACAUCUGUCCGGAUGAAAUAGAGAAGAUGAUUGAAGUGGUGGAUGAAAUAGACAAAAUCAAGUCUCUUCCGAAUCUGACGCCCAUCCUCAUCACCAUCGACCCUGACCGGGACACGGCCGAGGCCAUGGCUACGUAUGUGAAAGAGUUUUCCCCGAAGCUGAUUGGCCUGACGGGGACAGUGGCUCAGAUCGAGCAGGUUUCCCGAGCCUACAGAGUUUACUACAGUCAGGGGCCGAAGGAUGAAGACAACGACUACAUUGUCGAUCACACCAUCAUCAUGUACCUGGUGGGCCCCGACGGAGAAUUCGUGGAGUAUUUUGGACAGAACAAAAGAAGCGGCGAGAUCAUCGGUUCGAUCGCGUCACACAUGAGAAAGUACAAGAAGGCGAAGUGAAGGACUGACAGAGAGAGGCCUGUUUUUUUUUUUUUAAGGUGCCUCCUGUGUGAUUUUUUUGACUUCAGGAGCCUCUCAGUGAACUCGAAUCAUCACUCCCAACUCACGAUGUCGCCGUCAUGUAUUUAUUUUUAAAUUCACCGCCGUGUGCAGAACAACAUUCCCCUCUGUAUUGAUCACAGGUCAGAAGUCAUUUUCCGUUUCACACUGCUGCUGCUGCUGCUGCUGCUGCAUUCACAUCCGAUCAGAAUCAUGGCAGGUGCAAACCUCCCUCUGGAAAAUAUAAUUUACCUCAACUGUUGAAUGGUAAAUGCUUCAUGUUUUUUUUUUUUUUUUUUUUUCACUGGACUCUGGUUUCUUUGACUUCCUGAAUUCUGAUGCCUUCAGCGAGGGGAAAUCCUGCUGUCCGGUGCAGGGAAGUCCACGUUCGUUUCAAAUAAAACCAUCAAAAAUGAA